AUACAUUUAUGUCAACAGGAACAUGUUUAAUAUCUUGGAAUACGUUCACACAUAUAUGUGUAUUUAUGUAUAACCUACAUAGAUGCGUUUUUUGUGAUCUACUCAUAUGGUAGAGAAAUGAAUUCCUUGUGGAAUAAAAAGCCCCCUUGAAAAUUUCACACGGAAGAGUGGAGUACUUUCACAAAAGAAAGCGAUGGCUGUAGUCAGUUUUAGCGGCCCAUUAAGGAAUAGUGUAGCUUUUGUUUAGAUUCUCACUCAUGAGGUCUAUACGAUUGUUCCCAUUGUUCAUUAUUUCAUUUUUUUCCUGUCAGUUGUCCGAAGGGUUAGAGAAAUGAAUGACGGUAAUGGCGAGGGCAGUGAACCGUAAAGAAGUCGAAAACAAUAUCAGCUGCGUGGAUCUGUCAGUUGCAAAUGUGCUGUGCUGGCCUUUGUUUAUAGUUACUGGAAGGAGAGCAGGGAAAAAAUCAGGGUAUUUAAAUUCACUGCAGGAAAGUAGGUUAAAAAAAGUGUCGUUUUUCACACAGACCUAUUUUCUGCUUUACUUUUGAGUAAAGAGGCGUGGGGAAGUUGGCUAGUUUUUCAGACAAGCACCUCUAUUACAUUUACCCCAUUUUUUUUAAAGAGGAGAGAAAAAGAAACAAAGUUGUAUGAAGGAGAUGCUGGUGGCAAGAGUGUAGAAGAGCAGCAUAUGGCUGUAAAAGGAGCACAGCUGGAGGUAGCAUUUCCAUCUGAACAUGAUGUCAGAGCAGCUGACAGGCUGCCAUCCUCCAGUCUUUUAUUCUAACACACAGACUGGGAGUUAGUGUGUGUGCGGAUCUGUGUGCAGGAGGAGGUAUCUCAUUCCCCUCCAACAUCUCCUCCACUUUGCAUCUGUCUCUCACAGUUAGUUUUUUUUCCCCUCCUACCCCCUCAUUGAUUCUGCAAAAGAGCUGCAGCCGUCCCAGCUUUUCUACUACAGCGGACUUAAUCAAGUUGAUGCAUACUGCAGGUUAUGAAGACAGCAUGGAGUUCCCAGACCACAGCAGACAUUUGCUACAGUGUCUGAGCGAGCAGAGGCAUCAGGGUUUCCUUUGUGACUCCACUGUGCUGGUUGGCGAUGCCCAGUUCCGAGCCCAUCGAGCGGUGCUGGCUUCGUGCAGCAUGUACUUCCAUCUCUUUUACAAGGACCAGCUCGACAAAAGGGACAUUGUUCAUCUGAACAGCGACAUUGUCACGGCCCCGGCGUUUGCUCUUCUGCUCGAGUUCAUGUACGAGGGGAAGCUCCAGUUCAAAGCCUUGCCGGUGGAGGAUGUGUUGGCCGCCGCCAGCUUUCUCCACAUGUACGACAUCGUCAAGGUCUGCAAGAAGAAGCUGAAGCACAAAGCCACCGCCGAGGCGGACAGCACCAAGCGGGAGGAGGACGCCUCCAGCUGCUCCGACAAAGUGGAGAGCUUCUCCGAGGGCAGCACGGGUCACCCGGUCGCUGCCGACCUGCUGCCCAGUGACGACGAGGACCUGGAGGCCAAGCAGGACCCCAGUGGCCUGUGGAUGAGGCUGCCGUCGGACCGGGCGGUCACCCCGGCCGCCGCCGCCAGCCCCGGGGAGGCUGAUGCCCACUGCAGCCCCCCCAAGUUGCAGUCCCCGGCCGGUAGCCCCAGCAGCUCCACGGGCUCCCUGUCCCGGAGGUCGGGGGGCUCCCGCGCCUCCCACAGGGUGUCGGCGGACGCAGACUGCGUCCUGGAUCUGUCGGUGAAGUCCAGCCUGUCGGGUCCCGCCGAGGCCCUGUCCAACAACCCCUACUUCUCCGGCACCGUGACACCGGACAGCCUGCAGGGCGCCCUGAUCCAGGUGAAGCAGGAGAAGAGCACAGGCUCGGACGACGACGAGCUCCUCGGCGCUGACUACGAGAUGGACCACAGCGGCGCCAAAGCCACGCCGCCCAGGACCAACGGGGGACUGAACCACCACGCGGUCGGCAGCCAUGCCCACCGGCGCCUGGGCCUGGAGGCCCACCUGUCGGCCCUGCGCGACGCCUCCCUGGCCAGCGAGCUGGAGCGCGACGACAAGGCCAGCGACGACGACAUGCUGGGCGGGGAGAGCGAGCGGGCCCAGGCCCAGUCCGAGGUGUCCGGCAUCGACAGCUCCCUGCUGCCCUACGUGUCCAACAUGCUGAACGCCCCCCACUCGCAGAUCUUCAUGUGCCCCCUGUGCAACAAGGUGUUCCCCAGCCCGCACAUCCUCCAGAUCCACCUGAGCACGCACUUCCGCGAGCAGGAGGGCGUGCGUGCCAAGCCCGCCAGCGACGUCAACGUGCCCACCUGCUCGAUAUGCGGCAAGACGUUCUCCUGCAUGUACACGCUGAAGCGGCACGAGCGGACUCACUCCGGGGAGAAGCCGUACACGUGCACCACGUGCGGGAAGAGCUUCCAGUACUCCCACAACCUCAGCCGACACGCCGUGGUGCACACGCGGGAGAAGCCCCACGCCUGUAAGUGGUGCGAGAGGCGCUUCACGCAGUCGGGCGACCUGUACCGCCACAUCCGCAAGUUCCACUGCGAACUGGUCAACUCGCUGUCGGUUAAGAGCGAAGCCCUCAACCUCCCCAAUGUCAGGGACUGGGCCAUAGAGGACAGUUCUCAGGAACUGUGGAAGUGAACACUGCUGAAACCAGGACUUUGUUUUUUAAGCUUAAUGAGAGGGGGUGUCAGUGAAGGUUGGGCAGAGAGGUAAGGGGAAUUGGACCGGGGAUUGGGUGGGGGGCCUUUGGUGGGGGAGUCAGGUCUGAAUCAGUCAUGUUUCUUGUACGUACAUUUGCAAAAUCUUGUUCAAUUGCACUUUAAUAGCACAUGAAAAUGUUACUACUUUCGUUCCGGUCCUUUUGUUUUAUUUUAUUGGUUCAGGUUUUGUUAAAUAUAAGAGCGACACGGGCGUAUCAGUAGGCCGUGUUUUGUCAUUUUUUGUUUUCGUCUGUGAGUAUACACACAAAUGUCUAUACACCCAUCCUCAACUUGAGGCACACCUUCGAUGACAACCAUGUGAAGUGUUCAGGUAACACACUGUUGUUAAAAAACAAAUAGAAUACACUAAACGGGUACUGUGAUCAUGAAUACAUACCAGGACACACCAUGUUGUGUAUCAAUACGUAUGUCUAUAGUGCACUACUCUAUUUUCAUUAUCAAAUUUCAUCACUGCGUAUGUGUGUGCGUGUUGGUGUGUGUGUGUGUGUGUGUGUGUUUAUGAUUUGCGUUUGUGAGUUUGUGUUUUGGAAACUGCAGAGGUCGGAUCUAUAUAGCUGCAAGCUUUUACCGCUUAAGCUUUUGUAUAUUUUGACUUGUGAUAGGAAACUUGACUGAUGAAAGACAAAUGGCACUCAUGCAAUGUACAGCUUCCCUUUCACCUUAACCGAAGUAUUUUCUAAAAUCCUUUCUGGAUGAUUUAUUCUAGAAUUUCUUAACUCUAUCUGCAGCCUUCGAACGUCCCUCAUUGAACUGAAUUGAAUUUAAGAUGGCUGUACCCUAUAUGUUUUCCACGUGAUUCUGGAUUUAUUUUUGGAAAAUGGGAUCUGUUAUUGCAUGAAGUCCAACCUGUACAUUUGGAAAUGUGAAUUGCUGUAUUGCUGUAUACUGUAAUUGAACAAAUAUACAACAGACUAUGUGAAUACUCGAGGGAGCGGUCUGUGAAAAAAACAAAACAAAAAAAACGGAAUAUUACAGCUAUGAAAAAUGCAUGAAUAUGAUUUAUCUUACCUUUUGUUGUUGUUUUUCUUUGCAUUUGGGGAGUGUAUUUUUAAAUUAACUAAUUUGAUUCUUAAGUAGUUCAUUUCUUUUCUCUGCUACUUUUUGAGAGUCCGUUGGGACUCCUUUGGGAUGCUGGGCUGUGAAGGUUCCGUGUCGACGCACUGGUCUUGGGUUGAAGCUUGCGUAACGGUAUGUGAGGUGAAGCUUGUCGUUAGACGGACAGAGGUGGCGGCGUGGGCUUAAGGCCAGCGGUGACCUAACUAAACUGACCUAAUCUAGAUCUCCACUAAUGUGGGUCCCUUCCACCCUGUCCCCACAGCACUUCCUCAUAGUCUAGUCUGCUGAAUGCUGGUCAGGGAUUUAAGGGUCUCACCUGCUGUUUAUACCCAGUCAAUGUUCUUAUUUGGUAUUUUCUGCCCUCUCAUUGAUGUUAAGUAAGCAUUGUGGGUAAUUUAUUUAUUUAUAUUUUCAUUUGGCACUUCUUUCUAACCGUGCGGCCAAUGAGAAUGUGUUGCACUGAUCUGUCUGAGCUGUGUGUGUGUUUGUGUGUGUGUGUGUGUGUGCGCGAGAGAGAGGCGCUCACCGACUCAUACCUAAGUACUCCUGAAGGUUUUUUGCUUCAAAGCUUAAUAAUCGGAGAGCAGCACUAUGCUUAAAACAUCACGCUCCUAAUUUAUUUUGUCCGUGUGUAUCUCUUGGGUGAUCUUAAGAAUGUUCUGAAAGUAUGCAGGUGUGUGAGUUUUGUACUGAAAGCGUAAUCCUUACUUCUGACGGGGGAGAAUUGGCAUGCUUGAUUCCACCUUUAAAGCUUAUUUAACUGAGAUGUAUGCUAAAAAGAUGACUUUAUAAAAGUUAUUUGUAUAAAAAAUAGAUUAAGGAAUAAUUGAUACUAUUAUGUUGAAGAGGACUUUCAAUUAUUUAAUUUACCUUCAAAUUAUAAUUAAUCAAAAAGUUUGAGCUGUUCUUUAUUAGAAAUGUGUAUCUAGGAUAUUUCCCCUUUUCUCAUUUUUGUGAAUGUAAAAAUGUAAAGGGGGAGGGGCACUCAAAAUAUUUUUGUGCACUAAUAAAAUAAUUGAAUCAAGCAAAUAGCCAUUCUAGAGAAUUGCCAAACAAAAGCAAAAGCAACUCUACCCAAACUCCGUUCAAAGUAGGGUCAUGAAUUAGUGGGGAGACACUGGAAUGCCUCUCACUGUCCCGGGGGUUUGCCUAGCUCGUCAGUGGGCGUGGUGGCAGCAUCAACUGGUGACAUGGCUCUCCUUGCAAACUGCGCACAGUAUCAUGGCAUUUUGCACAGUGGUCAUUUAUCUUUUUACACCCACAAAUAUCAUGGAAAAUAUAACAUGUGGGUUUGCUCUCUCUUUGGAGACUUAUUUACAAUUAUCGCUGGCUUUUCAUAUUGUACUUGACCGCCUUAAACUACUGUAAACAGCUUGUUUUUAGUUGACAUUGUUAUAACUGUAACACGGAAGUGUGUGUAACUGGACUGUUUAUUUACUUUUUAAAAAAAUAGAACGGAAGCUGUGAAAUUACCCAAUAAGCAUCUCCAUUUACAUCACUCCAACUUUGGUUACUUGAAAACAGGGAACGUCCAGUGUGGGGAAAACAUUCAAAUGUAGAAGACAAAUGACGUGGGGGGGGGGGGGGGGUCAAUAAAUCUGAUAAAAAGGACAAUCACUGUCUGAAAAAGAAGCAGAUUUUGAUUCAAAUCAAAUUGCUUCCCUGUGAGAUUUUGUUUCUUUGACAUUGUUCCUUUUAUGGAUUUAGACAUUUAGCUUUGACAAUCAUAGUAUGUUUUAUUUUCUCAAGGGGAGUAAAUUCUAAGGCUGUUUAGUUUUGUACUUUUUUGGUGUGCUGUUGAAAUUUUUUAAAUUGUGUGCAAACUGCAAUAAAUUAUAUGAACCUUGAAA